CGAGAGCAAUGCCGACCAGGUACCAGACGCGUCGCUCCCCUGCCGCUACCCCGCCAUCUCCUCUCGCGAAGCUGUCCAUUACUCCUGGCUAACAACUGAGUUCACUAACACCCACAGCACUAUGCCUCGCGCGCUUCUUAGCUAUUUCCCUCCAGCUUAAUUCUACCCCGCCGGCCUAGCGAAGAGCCGUGACCUCAUUCCGCAAACGCGCCACGCACGCAUCGCGUCCCGAAGCCAACUCCCAUCCCACCCAAGCCGAGCAAUGGACAUGGACGCCGACCCUCCCAUUCCUACGACCUCCCGAGCCCCCGACUCCUACAUAAAUCAAGACGAUGCCCUCGUAUACUGGAACUCUGUAGACGCAACCGUAAACGGCAUGCUCGGCGGCUACCCCCAGACAUCGCGCAUCGACCUACAAGGCUCCUCCAACUUCUUCACAAAGCUACGGCGCGGCAAGUCGCAAUCAAGCAAAACGCCGCUUGAGCAAUUGAGCAGGGCGGCGGACUGUGGAGCGGGUGUGGGCAGGAUAACAAAGGGGCUGUUGCUGGGUGUGAGCAAGCAGGUGGAUGUCGUGGAGCCGGUGAAGAAGUUCACGGACGAGCUGGUGCAGGGCUUGGGCAGCGGAGAGUGGGCCGGAGAUGGUGAGGAAACAAACGAGGGCAAGGGACAAGUUGGGGAGGUGAUAAAUCUGGGUCUGCAGGACUGGACGCCAGAACCGGGCGGGUACAACGUAAUAUGGAACCAGUGGUGUCUGGGUCAUCUUACAGAUGCACAGCUAGUGGCAUACCUUCAGCGAUGUAAAGAGGGACUAGUCAGGGAGGGAGAGUCGUGGAUCGUAGUCAAGGAGAACCAGUCCACGGAUUGGGUGAAAAGAGACAUUUACGAUGAGCAGGAUUCAAGUGUGACGCGAUCGGAUGCGAAGUUCAGAAAGCUGUUCAAGGAGGCUGGGCUGAAGAUCGUGGCCGAGGAGCUGCAGAAGGGCUUUCCAAGAGAGCUCUUUCCCGUGCGCAUGUAUGCUUUGAAGCCGGAGUGACGGACUAGAGCUAGAUGGAGGGCAGUAGGUUCUCAGCACGUUCAGGCUCAUCAUUAUACCCCGGGCAGCAUUGAAAGCGUUCAUGAAGAUGGAAUAGCUCGGAGUACCGCUAUUUGUCCGCUGUGCGCAUAGUU